AUGGAUCCAACGGAAGAGUUUUUGAAAUUCCUUGGGGGGGUGCACACAUUAUCGUCGUCUCUUCUUACGCGACGAUUUUUUUUACGAGGAUAUAUCAUCACACAACCGUUACACUCACGUUUGUAUUAUCACUACACGCGCUGUUUCGCGCAUUUUGGUCUUUGUUCAAAAACAACAGGAUUACUUUCCCCGCGCGCGACGAAUCCGACGAAUCUGAACCCGUGGGAGUUGCCGCCGCCGUUGCCGUGGGAAAAAGACGCUCGAGAGACAGAAGGUCCGAGGUCGUACACGCCGCCGAGUUCACCGCCGUGGUCGCACGUGGCAACGAGUCACGACGCGGAGGUGUUCGAGAGCGGGGAAGAAGAGGAGAGUGAGAGGAAGAAACAACGACGACGGCAAUUCGCGCGGGAGAGGGUGGAGAAGAAAAUUGUGAGCAAGCCGGCGGCGUUGAGGAACAAACUUGUCGAGAGAGUCAUCACGGGAACGCAACCGGUGAGAAGGCGGUCGCCGAGGAAUUUGGAGAGGAAGGCGUAUAAUUUCAGUCGUAAUGCUGCGAAUAGCAGACCUCGUGAGGUAGGGGUGAAAGAAACGGCGGCAUCGAUUCGCGAGAAGCGUCAAAUGGACUCGAGGAUGCGCAUCGAGGCGGUGGCGAAGAACGCCGAGUUACGAGCAAAGAGAGUGAAUUUGAUGCACCGUCGAGCGUCGACGACGACUGUUCAGGAGGGGGAGGAAGAGGAGGAAGAUGUGAACAACGAUUACGGUCCUUCGGUGACGCAAGUGGUCGGGGGCUUUGAAAGAAAACGAAGACAAGUGGACGAGACGCGAUGGACGCUGGCUGAAAAUAAAGAGUACAUCACCGGUACUCAGCCAAGGAAGCCAUCUAGAGAAUAUAUAGAAGAGAAAAACCGCGCGACGGCGACGGUAAAACGGAACGUGAAACGCGUGACAUCGACGCGUAAGUAUUACGGUUUUGGAUCGACGUACACGUCGCCGCCAAAAAAAGCAACGAAUCAGAAGCGACGAAGAGAGGACGACGAACGGUUUUACGAGGAGGAGGAGGAAGAGUUUCAGCAGCACUGGCCGCCACGCACGACGGCGGCGAUUUCGCCGCACCUUCAGACAGCCUCGCGCGCGAAAGGACGCGCGGCUAUGGAAGCGGCGAAGAAGGAAGCGGCGGAGAGGCGCAAGAUGAACGACACGGUGAAAAUUUUCAAUCGACCAAUUGCCGCGGUGCGAAAACACCAGACUUUUACCACUACCACUAUCGCCGCCGUUACUGAUACGACGAAUGAUUCGAGCUUGGAGCAAGCAGAUCCGAACUAUGAUGUAUUUGAGUUCACUCCGGAGCCUAUUGAGUUUGGCGGCAGACGCCAGUCUAACUUGAUGAAUAAAACCGCCAAGACGCCAAAGUCAAACGCGCAGAAACUCGGCGCCUCGACGCAACCGGAACCGUUCCGACUGGCGACGGAGAAACGAGCAAUUAUCAAUCGCCGACAGUUUAUGAAAGAUAGGCAAGCUGAACUUGAACGCGAAACGUACGCUUUCAGCAAUAAGAAAGGUACGGCGACGCAGAGCAGAGUCGUCGCGAAGACGCCGACGAGAACAAAAUCGUCGCCGGCAGUGAUGUCUCACGAUUCCUCGGACGAAUUCCUGGUAGAUGUCACGGGACGCGCGUGUACCACGCCCAAACCGUUCAAAUUGCGAGGUGCUGCGAUUUCAGAGCGAAGAAAAGCUGUAGAAAAGCGAGAGAGAGAGCAACAGCACGUCAUGAAGACGCCAAAACUUCAAAAAUCGACGGGCUUGAACAAAAAACACGUCGGCGCUCGAAAAGGUCCGGUACGAGGCUCGAGGGCGGAAGAUAGAGCAGUAUUCGCGGAGAUUAAUAGCGAGAAUAAUAAUAAUAUGAACAGUGCAGCGGCGGCAACGGCGAGAACGAUAACAAAAAAAGAAGCGCAAAACUUGCUAAAGAGCGCUUUGAAAGCGCCCGGCACGGCGGGUAGGAAAAGACAAGUAACUUUCAACAAAUAG